AUGGUCUUGUCUCGUUCUGGCGAUAAAUGGCGACGGAGGAAGAACAUGCUUAAACCAGCUUUCCAUACAAGAGUACUUCAGAAUUACAUAGAAAAGUUUAAUACAGGAGCUGAAAUAUUGGUUGACAAAAUGAAGAUAUCUGUGAAUAAACCUUGGACGGAUCUUGGACCACUAUUCGGAGAGUGUACCUUAAGUAUUUUAUGUGAUUCAAUCUUUGGAAAAAAACAAAAUGACUGCGAAAUUCAGGCGGCAAUGGAAGCAUGUAAAGAACUGAGUGAAAUUUCCUCCAAUCGAAUCAUGAGACCGUGGACAUUCAACAACACAAUUUUUAGUUUGACGUCUGAGGGAAAAAAACUGAGAAAAGCGAAAGAAAGUUUUGAUAAAUUUUGUGAAAAGGUAAUACAUGAAAAGAUGGAAUCGAUGUUGGCAGAGAGAGCAAAUGAGAAUAAAGUGCAGGAAACAGAUGAAUGUAUCAUUUUCAGGAGGAAAGGAUGUACUUUUUUGGAGUUUCUUCUCGAAUGUCAUCUGAAUGACCCAACAUUGACACCAGAAAAUGUACUAGAUGAAGUUAAUACUUUCAUGGCAGCAGGACAUGCAACUACAGCUUCUACAUUGAAUUGGAUCAUCUACAUGUUGGGCUUAUUACCUGAUGUUCAGGAAAAGGUUGUCGAAGAGUUAAAUUGCAUAUUUGGAGAUGAUAUUCAUAGAGCAACAACUAGCAAAGAUCUGAAGGAAAUGACAUAUUUAGAUAAAGUUAUUAAAGAAGUGAUGAGAAUUUAUCCUCCCAUACCCAUCAUGGGAAUAAAAUUUAAGGAGAAUAAAAUAAUUG